AUGGCCGUCGAUCGCAUUGUCAGUCUGAUUCUCCGCGGCGCAGAGCUCGUCUUUGCUUCCAUCGUCGCCGGUGUCAACGGUCAAUACCUGCACAACACCAGGAGCACCCAUUUCUCGCAGUGGCGCUUCAUCUACACUGAAGUCGUGGCGGCUCUCGGCAUCUUCUUUGCCCUGAUCUGGCUCAUCCCCUUCUCCUACGCCUUUACGCACUGGCCAAUCGACGUGAUCCUCAGCCUGCUCUUUUGGGUCGCGUUUGGCGUCCUUGUCAACCUCAUCGGCGGCAGCUGCGGUCACGUCUUCAACUGGUACAACGUCCACCUCAUCCACGGCAACCAGUGCAGCAAGUACAAGGCGACCAUUGCCUUUACGUUUCUAUGCGCGAUUCUCUUCCUUGUCUCCGCCCUGGUCGGUCUGCUCUGGUCUCGGAAGCGUGAGGCCAAGGUCAACCACGGCAAUGCCGUCGCCCACCGCCGCUGGUACCACCGCGGAAACCGCCGCAGCGCCGUCUAA